AUGUCCUGGUAUAACAGUAGCACUCACAUCGCACCCACCGCUAACAUAGCACCCACCGCUAACAUAGAACCCACCGCUCACAUAGCACCCACCGCUCACAUAGCACCCACCGCUCACAUAGCACCCACCGCUUACAUAGCAUCCACCGCUUACAUAGCACCCACCGCUCACAUAGCAACCACCGCUCACAUAGCACCCACCGCUCACAUAGCAUCCACCGCUCACAUAGCACCCACCGCUCACAUAGCACCCACCGCUCACAUAGCACCCACCGCUCACAUAGCACCCACCGCUCACAUAGCAUCCACCGCUCACAUAGCACCCACCGCUCACAUAGCACCCACCGCUCACAUAGCACCCACCGCUCACAUAGCACCCACCGCCCACCGCUCACAUAGCACCCACCGCUCACAUAGCACCCACCGCUCACCGCUCACAUAG